UCUGGUGCCUCUCUCAGCUGUCUCCAGUGUCUUUUCGGGCAGGGGGCGAAGCCCCUGCAGUGAGUGACAGCCAGGAACCAUGAUGCCUAUGCUUUCUCCCCUCCCCGCAGGGCCCAGGCAAGGCCAGGAGAGCACCCCCUGAGCAAGGGCUUGAGCCCUGAACCUUAGGGAGGGGGCUCAAGGAAUCUAGGCAGCUGCUGGUCCAAAGGGCACCAGAGUGAGAAAUAACCCACUUAACAACUCUGGCUACCCCUGCCCCAGGAAGGAGCAGACAGGAAACAGCUUUGGGAUAGGCUGGGGCAGGACACACUGAGCUUGCUGGCCACACAUGGUGUCACCCAGGGGUUUGGGAAAUGGAGGGAGCUGGGAAGGACCUGGGGGUGACGCCAGCUCUGGAUAACGGGCUUUGGAAGGGGAAGCUUUGGCUGCCUGCACAUACGAAUGAUGCGGAAACUGAGGCACAGAGUGGGGAAGUGACUUGCCCAAGGUCAUAGAAUAAAUUAGUAGCAGAGCUGGGACUAGACGCCAGGAGUCCGGGCAGGAAAUAAGGGCUGCAUGUUUAACAGGCUGGGUAGCUAGCCACUGGAACAAUUUACUGAAGGGGGGGAGGGGCAGCCUGGCCAUGCCCCUGGCAAUGUUUAAAGUGGGAUCCGCUGCUUUCCCGAAAGAUCUGCUCUGGGACUGACUGUGGGAAGGGCUCUGGCCUGCGCUUGGCAGCAGCUCAGCUGAGAGGACACCAGUGGCCACCUGGCAUCGCUCUAACCACUAGACCCCACUCUCCUCCCGCAGCGGGAACCAGAACCCCGCAGUCCCCAGCCCCCUGGGGUGCGGCCCGGGCGAGGGGCCCUGUCCCGGCUGGUGCCUGGCUCUCGCCGGGUGCGGGCGCCGCUCCGGGCCCUGCCUGGGGGCGGGAGCGGCCCGGGCUGAGGGGCUGCCCGGCGGCCGGUCUCCGCCCAGGUGCGGCGGGGCUGGAGCCCGGGGCGGCGCCUCCUGCGUGGCAGGAUCCCGGCAGGUGUCCGGGAGCCGGAGCGGCGCCGCCAGCAUGGCCCGGGGGACGCGCUGGCUGCUGAUCGGCUGCGGCUUGUGCCUGGCGCUCGCAGUGAGGGACCUUACUGCCACAACUGUCUCCCAACCAAUCGCGUCCAGCCAGCACCCCGCCACCGCGACUACCCCUCGGCAGAGCUCCCUGUCCGCGUCCAGCCAGCACCCCGCCACCGCGACUACCCCUCGGCAGAGCUCCCUGGCUGCCUCCGGAGACACCUCCCUUCCCGCUGCCCCGGCCGACAGCACCGCUGCAUCCACGCAGUACAGAACCACAGCAGCAGCUCCGGCCUCGUCCAGAAACCCAGAAUCUGCUUCCAGCCCGCCCCUGUCCCCAGCCAGCCCCGGUCACCCCUACACCUCCAGUACUCCUGCUGCCAGCUCCAGUGAGAGCCACACGACUGAGUCCAACAACGGCACAACGGCCAGUGGCUCGGAGGUGCCUGUCCCGGAGCAGCCCACGCUCUCCCAGAGCCCCGGUCUGGUGGCCGUGAUCUGCAUCUUCGUGGCCAUCCUGCUCAUUGCUGCAGGCGUGGUGGUGGUGAAGCUCUGCCGCAGGAGGGAGCCGGCGUUCAGGAAGCUGGAUGAGGUGCCCAUGGGGAAGAUGACCGAAGACUCGCCGUUCGCUCGCUACCCUCCAAAAUAAGGGGUGUCUCCUCCGGCCCUGGCUGGAGCUGAGCCCAGCCUCGUGCCAGGGUAGGAAUCCGCACAUCUGUCCUGGCCACUCCAGCACCUCCCGGCCCGGCCUGGGUAAAGCUCCCCUACUGCUCAGGGACUGCGCGGGAAUAAAGAGGCUGCUGGUUUU